UCUUUCUGUUUCGGGCACCGGGAAGAUGAAAACGGUCAUGCCUACGUAGGCAAGGGCACGGGCGAGGACUCGUUCGUCGUCGGCGUAACAAGCCUAGCGCUGGUCCAUGCCUCUAUCGAAUACGCAUCACCAGGCCGAUUUACACUCUUCCACGCGGACGCUACAUUCAAGCUUAGGGGCUUGGGGUACCCUUUGAUCACGUGUGGAUUUUCAGACUCUUCCCGAUCGUACCAGCUUGCCGCAAUUUUUAUUGUGAGCCGUUGCACAGCUAAGGAGUACGCGAUGUGUCUUAGCGCGUUUGUCCGAUUAGUAAAACUUGUGCGUCCGUCGGCUACCCUUCACAUUGAAGCCGUGAUGGGGGAUGCAGAGGAUGCUCAACUGAACGGGUUUCAGCGAAUUUCUCCCUUUGACUCGGCUACCUACUUGAUGUGCUUCUUCCAUGUGCUGUACAAUGUCCGGAAACGUACGAAGCACAUGCAGUUAGAGCACCGAAGAGCGGUAAUGGAUGGCAUUGUGAAAAUCCAUUAUGCUGUAAGCAUGACGGCCUAUUAUGCGCAGAAAGAUGAAUCACUGAAGGAGUGGAAAAAGAUUCCGGAGCUGACAAAAUUUACGAAGUACUUCAAAGAACAAUGG